AUAUUAAGUCUACACAUAACAGUCUCAUUCCCUUUAAGUUGCUUCCUGCACUCUAAACUGAUUUGUUUGCAUGUUAACAGGAUCAUUAACAACAAUAAAUAAUACUUAAAAAAAUUACAACUUUCCUACAAGUCGAUCACAACCACAAUGAUUUGAUUUACAUCUGUAGGCAUACGUUAAACAGUUCAGUUAAAAAAAAAGAGAGGAACUUUUAUUGUGAAACUCCACACCGGAAGUUGUGGUUGUAUACCGUCAAACUUGACGCUGGUCCCCUGCAGUGACGGCGGAGAAGUCUCGAUCAGAGGCUCGCCACCUGGCGAUGCGAGUUUUCUCUGAGUUGUGAGGCGUCUCCAGGUGUUAGUCCGAUCCCUCCGCGUGUCCCGCCGCCAGUAAUCCGGCUUUUUUCCCUCUUCCUCUUUCCACACAGAGAUUUUUUACCCGAAACCACCAUGUGUGACUUUCCGUGGUGAUGAACGGGAUGCCUGCUCUGUGAAACGGCGACGGAUGGAUGGAUGUGUCCAUUCACUCAGUCCUAGGGCGCACUGGAAUAAUACAGUGAACUGACCGAGGAUCGGUGUUCUGCUCUUUUCUCUGGAGUUCAUCCUUUUUGUGUGUGUUUUCUUUUUUGCCAUCUCUGGAAUGGUUUCAGUCACUGUGGGAACGUGUAACAUUUCUUCCUGAGGCUUUGAGCACCUGCUAUGUGUCUGGUGUGGAAAUUACCUGGUGGAAGGUGUACAGCGGGAUCCGGUCUGGGAGGACAGGACAUCUGCAACUGAUAAAGCUCCAUUUCGUCUUCUUCUUCUUUUUCUUUUUUUUCUAACCUGUGCGUAAUGUAUGUGGAAUGAAAGGAUGGAUAUAAUCUGGGAAAUACUGCUAAUUCUCCAGGCCAAUUUUAUUGUCUGCAUAUCAGCACAGCCGAAUCCGCCGAAAAUUCACGAAGGAUGGUGGGCGUACAAGGAGGUGGUGCAGGGGAGCUUUGUUCCAGUGCCGUCGUUCUGGGGGCUGGUAAACUCGGCCUGGAACCUGUGCUCCGUGGGGAAGAGGCAGUCGCCAGUCAACAUCGAAACUAGCCACAUGAUCUUUGACCCCUUCCUCACGCCAAUAAAACUGAACACAGGUGGACGCAAGGUGGGAGGGACGAUGUACAACACGGGCCGCCAUGUCUCUCUACGAUUGGACAAGGAGCAUCUGGUGAACAUCUCUGGAGGGCCAAUGACGUACAGCCAUCGCCUGGAGGAGAUCCGGCUACACUUUGGCAGCGAGGACGGCCAGGGCUCUGAGCACCUGCUGAACGGACAGGCCUUCUCUGGAGAGGUUCAGCUGAUCCACUACAAUCAUGAGCUGUAUACAAAUUACACAGAAGCUGCUAAAAGCCCCAAUGGACUGGUCAUAGUGUCCAUAUUCAUGAAGAUUGCUGAGACGUCGAACUCAUUCCUGAACCGAAUGCUGAACAGAGACACCAUCACAAGAAUAACGUAUAAAAACGACGCCUACCUGCUGACCGGCCUGAACAUAGAGGAGAUUUACCCGGAGACGAAUAGUUUCAUCACGUACGACGGUUCGAUGACCAUCCCCCCGUGCUUUGAGACGGCCACGUGGAUCCUGAUGAACAAGCCGGUGUACCUCACACGUAUGCAGAUGCACUCCCUGCGCCUGCUGAGCCAGAACCAGCCGUCUCAGAUCUUCCUCAGCAUGAGCGACAACGUUCGCCCGGUCCAGCCGCUCAACAACCGCUGCAUCCGCACCAACAUCAACUUCAGCAUGCAGGGGAAAGACUGCCCCAACAACAGGGCCCAGAAGCUGCAGUACCGAGUGAACGAGUGGUUGCUAAAGUAAGCCUCCCUUGGAUGAGCAUGGAGACGAGUGUCAGAGAUGGAGAGCGGGAGGAGGAGGAGGAGGAUGGAGAAGGGAAGGAUGUGAACCCGGGCUUUAAGGCUGCAUCUCAUCUAAGAUUACUUCAUGGCAUUGUAAAAAGACAAACAACACCAAGACAUUAUCCGAGCGAAGGAGCAAAGAGACUCUUCUUUUCAUACAUGCUGAACUGUGUGAACCCUUGAUCUGACACAUCUAACACGAGUCCUUUCCCCCACUGCACAACUAUAUCUAUACGGACAUUUUGAUACCAAUACUUUUUUUGGGAGAAAACAAACAAAAAAAAAAGACACUUGGAAACAAUUUAAAAAAAACAAACAAAAAAAUAAAAACCAUGUGGAAGCGUUUAUUUGAAAGCUUCCCGACCCACAGGACAACGUUGGGACUUUAAAGCCUUUGUACAUAAAGAAGUUGCGAUCAGUGGGAAAAUCCAAGGACUUCAGUCACUGCCCCCCCCCCCCCCCCCCCCCCCCCCCAGCCCCCGCCCCUCCCACCAAGACCAAGUGGUCAACAAGUGUCACACGGACGUUUCAUUAACAGUCACCAACAAGGCAUGCAAUCAGCAAAACCAACAGAGAGGGAACACAGCCUUACCUUGUCAUUGUCCCAAAACCCCGGAGUCACGUCACAGGAGACGAAGAGUCAGAUAUUUACAGGCUUUCUUAACGGCCUCUCAGAGCAACCAGUGUCUUGGCCUCGUUUGUACAUAUUAUAAUUAUCAAUAACUGCAGAAAAAUUAAUAUGUUAAGAAAAGUAAUGAAUUAAACAUUCAAAAGAUAUAUUAAAGAGGAUUUUAAAAAAGAAGAAGAAGAAGUUGAGAAUUUUAAAAAGCUUGGCGCACUUUGAAUUCUGGAGCAGUUCUCGGUUCGAACUGAUGCCUUUUUUCUGUUUUAUUGUUUACAAUGGUCAUACACUGUGUUUGAGUAAUGUUAUCAGCCCAAUAAAUGUGUCUGGAAAGUUCA